GCUUGCUGUGGCCUGUGGUGGCCCUGCCCCGCUGCCAGGAAGUGCAGGAACUCGGUCACCGCCCCAGCCCCCUCCGCCUCAUCCAUUGUUGGGCAAGUCUGUAACAUCGGGACACACUUCAUCGAAACUUUUCACCUAAUUGCUGAAGACCCUUUUAGGCCGCGGUUGUGGUUACUUUUCGAUACAUUUGUUGAGAAUAAGUAUCUUGUAAGCUCGGCAGUUAGAAACACAACUAAACGGAGGCGGUGCAGGAAGAGAAAAGGAGGAAAACUUCAGACGCAAUUUCGAAAUUCUGAUUCCUCCAUUUUGAACUUUUAAACUCCAAGUUUUCCCAGUGGAUUGUUGUUGUGCUUCACGCAACUCAAGACACCAUGACAAGCAUCAAUACUGCUAACAUCAACUUUAAGUGGGACCCAAAGAGUCUAGAAAUCCGUACUCUGGCAGUGGAGAGGCUGCUGGAACCCCUUGUCACCCAGGUCACCACUUUGGUAAACUCCAGCAACAAAGGCCCAUCUAACAAGAAGAAGGGACGCUCCAAGAAAGCUCAUGUUUUGGCAGCAUCAGUGGAGACUGCUACCCAGAACUUCCUGGAAAAAGGAGAGAAGAUUGCAAAGGAAAGUCAGUUCCUUAAGGAUGAACUGACUGCUGCUGUGGAAGAUGUCCGCAAGCAAGGUGAGUCGAUGAGAAUGGCUUCUGGGGAAUUUGCAGAAGACCCUUGCUCUUCUGUAAAGAGGGGCAAUAUGGUUCGUGCUGCCAGGGCCCUCCUGUCAGCAGUCACACAUCUUUUGGUGCUGGCCGACAUGUCUGAUGUCUACAAACUUCUACUGCAACUUAAACUGGUGGAGGACAGUCUGGUGAAAGUGCGCAAUGCAGGAACAGAGCAGGACCUGGGAAUCCAAUAUAAGGCCCUAAAACCAGAGGUGGAUAAGCUGAACAUCAUGGCUGCCAAGAGACAACAGGAGCUAAAGGAUGUACACCAUAAGGACCAAAUGGCUGCUGCUCGUGGGGUGCUACAGAGGAACAUCCCCAUGCUGUACACAGCGUCCCGUGCCUGCCUGCAGCACCCUGAUGUGGCAGCCUACAAGGCUAACCGUGACCUGAUCUACAAGCAGCUGCAGAAUGCAGUCUCUGGUAUCUCCAAUGCUGCCCAGGCCACUACCACUGAAGACUCAGUGCUCAGUCAGCCAGCAGGAGGUGGAGAGCUCGCCUAUGCCCUCAAUAAUUUUGAUAAACAAAUAAUCGUGGACCCCCUGGCAUUUAGUGAGGAGCGCUUCCGCCCCUCCCUGGAGGAGCGCCUUGAGAGCAUUAUCAGUGGUGCUGCCCUCAUGGCCGACUCUUCUUGCACACGUGAUGACCGCAGGGAGCGCAUUGUGGCUGAAUGCAAUUCUGUACGCCAGGCUCUUCAGGACCUUCUGUCUGAGUACAUGGGCAAUGCAGGAAGGAAGGACAGGAGUGAUGCUUUGAACACAGCCAUCGACAGGAUGACAAAGAAGACCAGAGACCUUCGUAGACAGCUGCGUAAAGCUGUGAUGGACCACGUCUCCGAUUCUUUCCUGGAGACCAAUGUUCCCCUCUUGGUCCUGAUUGAAGCUGCCAAGAAUGGUAACGAGAAGGAAGUCAAGGAAUAUGCACAGGUGUUUCGUGAGCAUGCCAACAAGCUAAUCGAGGUGGCCAACCUGGCAUGCUCCAUCUCCAACAACGAAGAGGGAGUGAAGCUGGUCCGCAUGGCAGCAUCUCAGCUGGAAACUCUCUGUCCCCAGGUGAUUAAUGCGGCGUUAGCCCUUGCUGCCAAGCCCAACAGUAAGGUGGCCCAGGACAAUAUGGAUUUGUUCAAGGAGCAGUGGGAGAAGCAAGUCCGCGUUCUCACUGACGCAGUUGAUGAUAUAACAUCCAUCGAUGACUUCCUUUGUGUAUCUGAGAACCACAUCCUGGAGGAUGUGAAUAAGUGUGUCAUCGCUCUGCAGGAGAAAGAUGUUGAUGGUUUGGAUCGCACUGCUGGGGCUAUUCGAGGCCGCGCUGCCAGAGUCGUCCAUGUGGUCACUUCUGAAAUGGACAAUUAUGAACCUGGCGUCUACACAGAGAAGGUCUUGGAGGCCACAAAGCUCCUCACUGACACAGUCAUGCCACGGUUCACAGAGCAAGUGGAGUCUGCAGUGGAAGCCUUGAGUGCAAACUCCUCACAACCUGUCGAUGAAAAUGAGUUCAUCGAUGCUUCCCGUUUGGUAUAUGAUGGCAUUCGCGACAUUCGCAAGGCUGUCCUCAUGAUCAGAACUCCAGAGGAGUUGGAUGACUCUGACUUUGAGACUGAGGACUUUGAUGUUCGCAGCAGGACCAGCGUACAGACCGAGGAUGACCAGCUUAUUGCUGGCCAGAGUGCACGAGCUAUCAUGGCCCAGUUGCCCCAGGAGCAGAAGGCGAAGAUUGCAGAACAGGUGGCUAGCUUCCAGGAAGAGAAGAGCAAGCUGGAUGCUGAGGUGUCCAAGUGGGAUGACAGUGGCAAUGACAUCAUUGUGUUGGCUAAGCAGAUGUGCAUGAUCAUGAUGGAGAUGACAGACUUUACCAGGGGGAAAGGGCCGCUGAAGAAUACGUCUGAUGUCAUCAGCGCUGCCAAGAAAAUUGCAGAGGCAGGAUCAAGAAUGGACAAGUUGGGUCGCACCAUCGCUGACAGUUGCCCCGACUCUACCUGUAAGCAGGAUCUGCUUGCCUACCUGCAGCGUAUUGCCUUGUAUUGCCACCAGCUCAACAUCUGCAGCAAAGUCAAGGCUGAAGUUCAGAACCUGGGAGGAGAGCUGGUUGUCUCGGGGCUGGACAGCGCCAUGUCCCUCAUUCAGGCUGCAAAGAACCUGAUGAACGCAGUGGUGUCCACUGUUAAGGCUUCCUAUGUGGCAUCUACUAAGUACCAGAAGAGCAAAGGCAUGGAGGCCCUCAACAUGCCAGCUGUCUCCUGGAGGAUGAAAGCUCCUGAGAAGAAACCUCUGGUGAAGAGAGAGAAGCAGGAUGACGGCCAAACUAAUAGAGUCAAGAGAUCCUCUCAGAAGAAGCAUGUUAACCCUGUGCAGGCUCUGAGCGAGUUUAAAGCCAUGGAUAGCAUCUAGACUCCCCAGUGUUUGAUUCAAGAGACCAUAUUUUCUGACCAGUGGCUCGAUACAGUAGAUGGAGCUUGUCAUUCUAUCAUAUGUUUUACCAUAUUUGUGCUAUCUUUGCAUAGACCACUUGUCAGUUUGACCCAUUAUAUUCAUACACUGCAUAAAUUCUAUUCGUGUGAGUUCAGAUGUGCUCUAGUCUAGUCAGUAACUCUCUCCUCUGGAAAGUGCCGUUAGAGGGGAAUCAACUGGACAGAGGUAUUUUUUAUUCAAGUUUUCUUUCAGGUUUAUGGGAGAAAAUGAAUUUGAUUUCAUAGAUAUAUGAAUUUUGUCCAAGAGGCUUUUGAUUAUUUUGUAUUCUAACCAGUUAUAGUGUAUAGUAAUAAUGCGGGAUCUCUGGGUUUUUCCCCACUGUAAUGUUUGAUUAUGGCAAGAUAACUUCUGUACUGCAGAUAUCAACUUUCUUAUUUUAACUCAAACUGUUGUAAUUCUAGAUGAUUUGGAUGUGCUGGGCUAAUUGGAACUAUGUUUGGUUCAACCUUAAAGAAACCAAAGUCGGUAUGUUUCCAUGUAUGCCUGCAUUUUUAUAACUUUAUACCUACUCUGUUAUUCCACAUUUAGAUAAGUUGAAACUGACUCUGACACCAUUUUCAGUGCUGUAUGAAUGACUUAUUCUUUAUCAUUUGAACUGGUAAAUAUAAUUUCUAAUUUAAGUAUCUCAAAUUAUAUUUUCUUAAUGUUUUUUUUUUUUUCACGACACAACAAACCUAAAGUGCUCAUGUUUUUCUCAGCCAUCUGUUUUGCUACAAAAGUGGUACAUGUGUUUAAUCCCAUACUUAAAGCACACAGAUCCAGCCAGUUCAGUCAAACUGUGUAAAUAAAGCCUCAAUGCUGUAGACGGAACCUGGUGGGCUAAACAGUGAGUCGGCCAUGUGUCGGUACUCCCUAAAGCCAACAAGCUUCAUUUUCUGUCAAUGAGACCAAACGCUUCUGCAAUCUAAGAAUGUGUCCAAAUUGAGGGAUCAAUGUUUUCUUUCCACAGCUUUAGAGAUGGGGGAGGAAAGGAGAUGUAAAUUCCACUUAUUCUUUGUAUUCCGUGUCUUUAAGCUUGAACACUAAUAAAGAUUUUGUCGUGCACAAUCGUUAUAAGAACCUAGAAACAAGUUGCCAGGUGUUGGAGCUUUAAAAUGAAACUUUUUUUUUCCCUCAGUUAACUGUGGGAUGUAGUUGCUCUGUGCAGCUUGUUUUCCAGUCAUACAGUACAUAGCAUUUUGCUGCAUAGUGGUGCAUUGGUACAGCGAGGCUUUGAAAUCCUGCUGCUUUGGUCUGGGGCCUGGAUCGUUGUUUUUCUCGUUUGACAUCUGUCAACUAUAGCAGGAUGGGCAAACGAAGUUAUUUGACAGGUGGAUAUUUUUUACUGUAGAACUGAAGAGUGGUUUUCCAUGUGUUUUUCUCACAGUGUGGCUGUUGCUGUAAUAGUUUGGACCUGACAUCAAACUACUUUGCUGUGGAUUUUUUAUUAAGAACUCAAUAUUAAUGCACACGUUUCUUAUAUUCAUGUGCCUACAUUAUAUCUUAAUAAACAAUUGAAAUACAA